AUGGCAGUCGUCACUCACGACAUAGCCCCCGAUGGGGACAUCUGCAUCGUCCUCCAGAAACCUAACACUCAAUCAGUUGUUCCAAUUGUCAACCUUCGCCAGUAUGGUACGGAGCCACCUCAGUACUACCAAGAUGUAUCCUCGGUGGGCGUUCCUGUGUGGCACUCGCCAGCGCUUAAAGACAAGAAGGCUGCUGAAUAUCGGCUUCGUGUUUCUUCGCAUCAUUUAACAUCUGUCUCUCCCAUGUUCAGUUGUAUGCUCAAAGGCCCCUGGAAAGAGUCAGCAGCUCCUGAUGCAGCGACUUCUUCGGAUUCUUGGGAUCAGACUCCUGCCGCAACCGCCAUUCGUGAGAUCUCAGCAACUGACUGGAAUAUACACGCCUUGAUUACCGUACUCAACAUUAUUCAUGGCCGCCAUAAUGAAAUCCCGCGACAAGUCAGCAUCAAGUUUAUUGUCGACGUUGCCGUCAUUGUCAACUACUACGAAUGCGCUGGAUCUGUAACUCUUGCAGCAGAGUUGUGGAGAGCAGGAGUAAAUGUGCCCGAAACAUACGGCAAGAAAUCUAUUAUGUUGCUGUUUGUUUCUUGGGUUUUCUCUUGGACCAAAAUGUUUUCUUCAAUGGCUCAUUUGGUGCUGGAGCAAGGUGAAGGCUCAGAACAUGCGGAUACCCGGAACCUUCCCAUCGCUGUGAUCUUUGAAACGCUGGAUAAGAAGAGAGAGUUGGCCUUGCCGUUUGUCCAUAAAAGACUCAGUAACCUGCGCGGGGAUCUGCUGAAUAGCCGUAUUGGGUGUAGCCCUCAAUGCAGGCACAUGUUGCUUGGGGCUCUUGAAUCUAAUAAGCACGACAUGCACAAGGCACUCGGAAGUUGGGACUACGAACCCAAAGGAGUCUCUGUCGGUCGUGUUUUGGACGCUCUGAACAGCUUUCCUUCGCCUGAAUGGAAAGACCCCAAGGAAAAGGGGCAAGUUCAUUCUCGAGAUUGCAAUGUCAAAACUCUCAUGCAGCCAGCUUUCGAUAAGAUCAGGGAAGAUUUCAAGAAGAUUAAGCUCGCCGACUUCCAAGCUAAGAAAGUCUAA